AUGCACGACGGCGACCACCACCACCACGAAACGCCUUCUUUAGACCUGAAGAAUAUGAAUGUAAUAUCUGUCCUGGGCCGUGGGGCAAAAGGUGUGGUUUUCUUGGUUCAAACAGAGAAUGGAGAAUUGCUUGCUUUAAAAGCAAUACUAAGAUCUUCAACUCAGAAUGACAGAAGAAUUUGGUUCGAAAGAGAAGUAUUGGGCUCUUUAAAUUAUCCCCUUUUACCUAAACUUCAUGGGGUUUUACAAACAGAGAAGUUUGUUGGAUACGCAAUUGAUUACUGUCCCGGCCUUGAUCUCCUUUCUUUAAAGAAAAAACAAACUGACAAAACCUUCUCCGACGAUAUUAUCAGAUUUUAUGCUGCAGAAUUGGUGUUGGCACUGGAAUAUCUUCAUGGAUUGGGCAUUGUUUACAGAGAUUUGAAGCCAGAAAAUGUGUUGAUUCAAAACAAUGGCCAUUUAAUGCUGGUAGAUUUCGAUUUAUCAACAAAACUCUCUCCAGUGUCUCCAGAAGAUCAUUCUUCCACAAAAUCUAUGCCCAAAAUGGAGCCGAGGAAAAAAAAGAAAAUUCCACAUUUCUUCAAGUGCUGUGACUCGGGGAUUUCGCCGGAGGACUCAGUUAAUCAGGUCGAACUCGGCGCCGACUCAAUGAGUUACGAGUUAGACUCGGUUCAGAAACCCAACUCUUUCGUCGGGACGGAGGAGUAUGUCGCGCCUGAGAUCAUAUUAGGCAACGGCCAUGAUUUUUCCGUCGACUGGUGGUGCUUAGGUAUCAUGCUGUACGAAAUGUUAUACGGCACAACGCCGUUUAAAGGCAUUGAUCGCAAAGACACUUUCUAUCGGAUUCUGUCGAAUGCCCCCAAUUUGAGGGGGGAGUUAACGCCGUUAAGAGACUUAAUAGCGAUAUUGCUCGAGAAAGAACCGCGGAAGAGAAUUUCCGUUAGGAAAAUCAAGGGUCACGAAUUUUUUAAGGCCGUUGAUUGGGACUUGAUCUUGGAGAUGACAAGAACGCCGUUUAUUCCUGGACCGAAAGAUGCAGAGGACUUAAAAGGAAAUAAGAUAAUUGAUGUGGAGUCUUAUGUGCAAGGAGUGUUUAGAGCAGGUAAGGAUGAGAAAAUGGAGAAUAAUAGGAAUCGGGUUGAAGAAUUGAAUCAUCCCAAUCAAGUUCAAAAUGACAAUUUAUUUAAUUUUUAA